GGUCGCGGAGGCUGCAGGGCGGCCGCGAAACCCGCACCAUGGCCGCCACCACGCCGCUUCGCGACUGUCAGGCGUGGAAGGAUGCCCGGCUGCCACUCUCAACACCAAGCAAUGAGGCCUGCAGGCUGUUUGACGCCACCCUGACCCAGUACGUAAAAUGGACCAACGACCAGAGCCUUGGUGGCAUUGAGAGCUGCCUGUCAAAGCUCAAAGCGGCAGAUCCGACCUUCGCCAUGGGCCACGCCAUUGCUAAUGGCCUCGUGCUGAUUGGCACCGGAAGCUCCGUGAAGCUGGACAAAGAGCUGGAUGUGGCCGUGAAGACGAUGGUGGAGAUUUCCAAAACCCAGCCCCUGACCCAUCGGGAGCAGCUGCAUGUGUCUGCAGUAGAGACCUUUGCCAAGGGGAACUUCCCGAAAGCCUGCGAGCUGUGGGAGCAGAUUCUCCGGGACCACCCAACAGACAUGUUGGCCCUGAAGUUUUCCCACGAUGCCUACUUUUACCUGGGCUACCAGGAGCAGAUGCGAGAUUCCGUGGCUCGAGUUUAUCCCUUCUGGACGCCCGACAUCCCCCUGAGCAGCUACGUGAAAGGCAUCUAUUCUUUCGGACUAAUGGAAACCAAUCUCUAUGAUCGGGCGGAAAAGCUCGCCAAAGAGGCUUUGUCCAUUAACCCGACGGAUGCGUGGUCGGUGCACACCAUUGCGCAUAUUCACGAGAUGAAAGCGGAGGUCCGGGAAGGCCUGGAGUUCAUGCAGCACUCGGAAGCCCACUGGAAGGCCUCUGACAUGCUUGCUUGCCAUAAUUAUUGGCACUGGGCCUUAUAUUUGAUCGAAAAGGGCGAAUAUGAGGCUGCGCUGACCAUUUAUGAUGACCACGUAAGUCCACGCUUGCACUCGAUUCAGUUUAUUGCGUCGAUUUCCCUUCAGUCUCGACUAGCUUCCUGAGCGGGUCCGUGUUGC